UGUCAGUGCGCCCCUGCCCGGGUCUCCAGAUCACCCGACCGCCGCCGCGGCGCGGACGCUCUGGUGGGCGCGCACGCGUCCGCGCCCCGCCCCCCCCUGGCGCGUCCGCCAGGUGCGCGCGGCGUUCCGAGAGCUGGACGGCUGGGUGCAGAAGCAGCGGCUCCGGGACGAGGACGGGCCCAGCGACCUCAUCACCCAGCUGAUCUGCUGCCAGGCGCAGGCCGCGGAGAAGUUGCAGAUGCAGCAGAUCAUGGUGCCCUGGAGCAUGCGGAUCGGGUGGCUCCUCGCGAGGGCGCGGCGGCGGACGCUGGGGAGCAGCCUGGCGAGGUGGCAGGCCGCCGCCGAGCCGCCGUCAGGCGACGAGCGGUACGAGGACCGCACGGGCAGCGAGGCCUCGCCGUCGCACGGCAGCGCUGCGCGCUGGAGCAGCAGGAGCCAGAACUCGCCUGCAGGGGCCCCCCUGGGCGAGGUGGCCCGCCGUGCCGCGCAGCUCAACCGCGCCUCCGCCGCCGGAGCGCCGGCGCCGGCGCGGAUGCGGGAGUGACGGCGUGCCA